AUGUCAAACAUUGCACAAACAGCGCGUCGGCUCUUCCGAUCGCAAAACCUUUCAGCAUUCAGGCCAUACUCGCCCGUAGUGCCUAUUGCACGUCUUCACCAGCAAGGCCCAACACGGUCGGCAGUUGUUCACGACCAAGCACUCCCCAGCCAGACAGAAACACCCGCAUUCAUUUCUCAGACCCAAUCACAAUCACCACACCAUGAAUCAACAACCCUUGACACAAUUGUUUCCCAAAUCCCUCUCGUUCAAACUCUCCGCGAAACCCACAGCACCUACAAGGAAACACGUCCCCAUCUCGCAAUCCCACCCCCCAUCAGACAACACCACUUCGUGGGCGGAAGCUUGAGCGGUCCAGGAAAGCUCGCAUUUGCACCGUACAUGUGGCUAUCUGCCGGCAAGUCCGGGUCUCAAGCCGAAAGUAACGACCAAGCUAGCAGCGUUGUCUCAGUAUUCCACAUCGGCCAGGAUCUAUGUGGUCAUCCUGGCUUUGUCCACGGUGGUCUCCUCACUGUUCUCUUUGAUGAGGUGUUUGCGCGCUGCGUGUCUGCGGCUUUCCCCAGCGGGCUGGGUAUGACAGCCAAUCUUAACGUGGAUUUCCGGAAGCCGGCUCUCCCUGAUCGGAUGUAUGUUCUGCGCACAAAAACGACUAAGGUUGAGGGUAGGAAGGCUUGGGUUGAGGGUCAGAUGACUUAUCUUCCUUUGACCUUGCCACUGUCUGUGGACUCGCAUAGCAUCGUUUCUGAUGCUAAUUUACUGCGGGAGGAUAGUGAAGGUGCAGUGAUGGUAGCUGAGGCUAAGGCUUUGUUCAUUGAGCCUAAAUUUGCAGACUCUAUGGUUUCGAUCUAUUCGAACUAG